AAUCUUUUAAUACUCACCCUUUUCGGCAGCAUCAGUUUGACGUCUGCAGCCAAGGCAUCCUCUCCUCGCCGCCCACCCCACCCGUUGAACCGUCCUCCAACCACCAUCUGCAUCAGUCGCCGAUUGAAGCCGGAACCACAGUCAGAUCGUAUUUCCGGCACCGUUCGUCGCUGAGAGGAUCGUGUAACAGAGCAUUCGACACCGUCAGUCAAUCCCUUUGCAUCUGAUUUGAAUUCCAGGGUUUUCUAUUCAAAUAUCUCCAAGCGCUCUCUCUCUCUCUCUCUCUCACUACAAAUUAUUCUGCUAUUCAAUUUUCCACAGGUGUUACAAUCCACAUAGGUUUCAACGACAUUAACGCUGCUAACGAUUCUCAUUACCUACACUAGAUACCAGGAAAUAAGAAUUUAAGUUUAUGUAAAACAGUAAAUGGAUGCUGCUUUGCCGCUCGAUAAGUUAAUGGACGAGUUAUCGUUAGAGUCCGUGAAUGAAGAUGGCUCAUCAGAUUCUGACACAAAGGGAAAAAUGCAUGUAGUAUUGGUAUCAACUGGAAGCUUCAAUCCUCCUACUUUCAUGCAUUUACGCCUUUUUGAAUUGGCAAGGGAUGCACUUAACUCCAAAGGGUUUCACGUUGUCGGAGGUUAUAUGUCACCUGUAAAUGAUGCAUACAAGAAAAAGGGUCUCUUACCAGCCGAGCACCGUAUCUCAAUGUGCCAACUAGCUUGCAACACUUCUGAGUUCGUAAUGGUGGAUACCUGGGAGGUCUCUCUCUCUCUCUCUCUCUCACACGCGCGCGCGCAUGCACACAAAGCGGCAAAACAAAGUUCAUUUCAACGAUCAUUGACUGUGCUGUCAAGAAUCAGGAGCUUUUUUUGUGAUAACGGGCUGAUACCUAAUGCAUUCUUAAAGGUUAUGCUUGUUUGUGGCUCUGAUCUGCUAGAAUCUUUUGCCAUUCCUGGAGUUUGGAUACCUGAACAGGUCAGGGCUAUAGUCAGAGAUUACGGUGUGGUUUGUAUCCGCAGAGAAGGUCAAGACAUUGAAAAAAUCAUCUCAAGUGAUGAAAUCUUGACAGAAUACAAGAGUAAUAUUGAAGUGGUGAAUGAAAUAGUACCGAACCGUAUCAGUUCAACUAUAGUAAGAGAUUGCAUUUCACGGGGUUUGUCGGUAAAAUAUCUGACGUCAGAUGAAGUUAUCGAUUAUAUUAAACGAAACCGACUUUAUACCAACGCUGCAACUUGACUGGAUGAAGCUUGCUAGGUGGUUAUAUUCCUUUGAAUAAUUCAAAUAUUUCUGUGAUGAAUAAAUACACCACUUUAUUGUGUUCUAUAGAAGUUGUGUUAGGUUCGGUUUCGAUUUUGUUAUUGAUAAACCAUGUAUUGUAACUGUGUAGUAUAAUAAAAUUAUUAAAUUUUAAAUAAACAGAUCAUGAACAUCAUUACUAUA